AUCCUUCCUCCACAAAGUUGAGGUACACGCACGAGGGGCCCCACCGACAUCAUCCGAUCUGAUCUGAGCUGUACACAUAUUUGGUCGGCUAUGUGUCCGUCCGUCCGUCACGGCCAUAAUCAGUGGGACAGACAACAUUAUCGUCUUCUGCGCCCACUGGUCCUCCAUACCUGCACCAUGCAUGCCAUGCCAUGAUGCCUGUGUUACAGCAUGCCGGACACCCUGGCCGGCCUCGUUCGUUUACCUCUGCCUGCAGUGUGGUCUGGGUGGUGAAGCUGUCUUUGCGCAUAACGGUCCGCAGGAACUCGGUGCAACACUGACACACGACACACAUCGAUCACACGACAUCCGAAGGGCGUGCUUAUGCUGUGUCCACACAUUCAUUCGCUGACCACAGCGAUGACCAUUCCGAGGAAGACGGCGACGCAGAACAGCCCAAUGGUCAGCGAAAACCCUAUCUUGCUCUGGCUGUCCACAGCUGCACACACACACACACACACACGCCACACACACAACACACUCGAUGCCCACUCUCUCCUCGCCUCUGUGUGUGUUGGGCAUGCGAUGUGUGUGGAUGAGUCUGUCAGUCUGUCAGUCAGCCAGUCUCACUUAGUUGGCAUGACACGCCGGUGUAUGGGUGUCUGCAGAAGCACUGCGAGUCCUCACAUAUCCCCCGGCCCUCCACACACGGGGGGCUGCACUGGUGGGGGUCCUCCACCGCCGAUGCCUUGUCGCCACCCGCUGCUGCACUAGUACUGGUAGGGGCCGGCUGCUGCUCGUCCUGCUGGGUGUGGUGCGCGUGUGUUGUGUGGCGCCGGAUGGUAGAGAGGGCUGUGUUGGCGGGGGCAGAGAGAACCACAGGCUCUGAAGGGUUAUCCGACAGAAGGCACACACACAUGUUUAUGCUAUUCCCUCGUCACGUCUGCCUUACUUAGCAUUUUGAGUACGACGACAGACGGCCUUCCCCCUCCCUCUCCCCCUCCCUCUGUCUGCUGCUGCUGCUGCCGCUGCUGCUGUUGUUGCUGCAUCCGCCCUUCGUCCCCCCAGCCGCCCGUUGAUGCAUCGUAAUCACGAUACGGAUGAGCAGAGGCCGGCUCGACGCGAUAGCCGUACCCAUACUCAUGGUCAAAGUCACUCCCGUCCGCAGCCUCCCGUCUGCGCCAGUCGAUGGAAGAAGUGACAGCUCCACAGUGCAAGCACAAUAGCAACGUGAGCACCGGCAGCAGAGGGUGCGAGUAGCGCCACGGGUGGCCAGGGCUGCUCUUGCGGCUGGUGGCCGAGGGGAUGGUGGGGUGAGAUCUCAUGGGUGGGGAUUCAUCUACUUCACGAGUUUGCGACGAAGCUGCAUCCGCUGGCAAAGGGGAUGAACACGGCCGGUCGGGGGAGGGGUGGAAAGGCCUUCUGCGCAUCCUCAGUGGUGCCAUCGCUCAUUCUCACUGCCAAAAGUGGAAAAUCACCACAGACAACGCCGCGGUUGCUGAUUGCGUCUUCCACAAAGCUGCUACGUCCUCC